UAAAAAUUUUCUAUUUUCGCUGUCGCGAUCGUCUGCUGCAAAAAAUCAGAGAUUAACUGUAAAAUAUUGCAAGGAAAUAGUUAAUUUAAAGUUUUUAUAUUAUUAGGAGACAUGUAAUAAAUAAUCAAAAUAAUAAAUGUUUACAUUGUGCGAUUAAACGGGAGCUGUUUGGACUCAGUUUCAAACAAAUCUACAUUAAUAGGCAUAUACUAAAAUAUCUUAAAGCCAUGGUGGCACUUCGAAAAAAGAUUAGCCGAAUGGCUCUGGUAGUAACGUGCUAUUACUUUAUACACAUUUCUUAUAAAUACGCCCACGCUACUAGCGCUAGUGAUACCUCGCGAACUCCUGCAGGAAAUGGAAACGUAAAUCAUCGUUUGCCUCGUACAAGUGCCAGCUAUUUUGGUGGUGGAGCAAGUGCAAACACAAAUUUUAAAACUGUUACAAAAUCAAAAAAUUCAACGAGAUACGGAAACAUACAGAUCAGAGAACAACAAUUGCUGAAUAUAUUUGAAGUUAUUAUAGACACCCUUGAAGGAAAACUAAAACGCAUUGACAGUCUAGAUAAUACAGUUGAUCUUCUUAUGAAAAAUAUGGAAACGCUGCAAAAUCGGGUAGUGAAUAACUUAUUGAAAACAGAUUUUAUUAUAUCUCAGCUAAAAAAUAUAGAAAAAACUAUUUCUAUAGAAAUGCUUCAAGGUCAAUCAUCAAACUUGGAUGUCGCUUACGAAAGCACAAAAAUACCACAAAAUUCUUCAACGUUUCUGAAGCAACAAAUCGUUAAUUUGGAUCGAAAGGUAUCUGAUAUUGAUAAUAAGCUGGAAUGUAUGAAAGUCCAAUUAGAUAAUAACUUGUUGCACGUUGAAGACUUUAAUGCCGAAGCUAGUGAGAAAAAACCCGUUACAAUAAAUGAAAAUGAUGUCACAAAGGCAUUCAGCUAUGUAGCUAUGACACAAGUAACAUCUGAAUUGAGUGAACUUCGCGAUUCAACUGACAACAUUGAUAAAAAGUUACAGUUUUAUAUAAAUAUCGCUUCUGAAAAUAUCGGAAAAAUGACAAGCAUGAUGCAUGAGAUUCAUUGUGCUGUAGUUGAUCAUAACAAUCAAUUAAAAUUUUUGAAUGUGACAACACCUACAAAUUCAAAUAAAAUUAAUGAGCUCGUUAAAGAAAUAAGGCCAAUGGGUGUAUCUGAACAAAACGAUAAUGUUUGGGAUGUCUGGGUAGACACAAAAUCAACUGAUGGUCAUCUUCUCACCAAGUCCACUGCCCCAUUGAGUCAGACACAACGUCAAGAACGUGCAAUAGAUGAAAUCCACCAUGACAAAAAAUCCAAAUCCUACUUGAGUAUUAAUAACUUAGAUAUGGUUAAAAAACAAUUUGAAAAACAGGAAAGUUAUAUGGCCCCUGAAGGAAUAACAGAGACAGGAAUCAAAAGUAUUUUGGAAUAUGAAUCGAAAAACUACUCUGACACGGAUGAAAAUUCAACAACGGAGAUCUUACAUUUAUCACUUUCUAAUAUUCAACCAACCAUAGUAAAUAAAACUUUAACUACACCGUUUACUUCCACACCCGGAGAUGUGCUGGGUCUACUUCAUUCGCCGUCGUUAGGCACCAACCGAACUCACGACGACGGACCUGUAGUCAAUGGAUUGAAAUCUGCAAAUCGCAAAGAUCGAAUUAUCUUUCCAAGCAUAAAGAAAAAACCAGCAUUUCUAAACACAACGAUUGCCAAUGAUUUUUGGGCGCUCAAGGAUGUAAAAGGAUUUUCCUGUGUAGACAUUUUAAAUGCUGGAAUGAAACAAUCAGGAGUAUUUUAUUUACAAAUUCGUGGUACGACGUAUUGGUUUUUAAAGGUAUACUGCGAUCAAGAAACGACGGAUGGAGGUUGGACGGUUAUUCAAAGACGCGACGAUUUUAAGGACUCCCGUGAAAACUUCAACAGAGAUUGGGCGGACUACAAAAAUGGAUUCGGUGAACCCAGCAAAGACUUUUGGCUUGGUAACGAAAACAUAUAUAUGCUGACCAAUAACGAGGAAUAUUCAUUACGGGUAGAACUAGAAGACUUCGAAGGCAACAAACGAUAUGCCCAGUACUCACAUUUCAAAAUUCACUCGGAAGCAGAUUAUUAUAAACUCGAAAUUGACGGAUAUGAAGGUAAUGCUGGAGAUUCGUUAAAUGACCCGUGGUACGGCUCAAAUAAUAGUCCAUUUUCAACAUACAAUAAAGAUAACGAUCGGAGCUCGCUCAAUUGCGCAAGCAUGUUAAAGGGCGGCUGGUGGUGGAAGUCCUGUGGACGGGGUCUAAAUGGUCUUUAUCUUCAUGAUCCCCAAGAUAUAACUGCGCGGCAAGGAAUAGUAUGGUUUCGCUGGAGAGGCUGGGACUACACAUUAAAAAAGUCCAAAAUGAUGAUUCGACCUAGGAUACCACCACAACAGACAAUAUCUGGAACGUCUUUAUAGAGAUCUUACGAAUCGAAACAACUUUUGUUUUUCUAACUUCUAGGUUUUAAUUAUGAAUUAGAUUAGUUUUUAAAUAAAAUAAUUAAAUUUUUCUUCAUUUUAAUGAUUAUUGUGAACAAUGAUACGAUCACAAAUGUGAAUAAUAAAUAGCUUCGAACGAA